AUGGGUGAGAGUCCCAAGGACACCACGCAUCACCGGUCAGCCUGCACCGAGUGUCAGCGUCGGAAGCAAAAGUGCAAUCGAGAAUGGCCUUGCAAUCACUGCCAGAAACGCAAAGUCGCCGACAAGUGCCGCUUUGGUCCGAGCCAACCCAGUGCAGAGAAAGCCCCAAGUCAUGACUUCAGUCGGAAGCGGCAGCUGAGCCAUGACGAUACGGAGUCAAUAGACUCCAACCCUUGGGAGGAUGCAGAUAGCGGAUUUGAGGCCCUGGGUUACAGCGCCUCGCAUCUGUUUGCUGGACUUGGUUCAAGUUCAACGAGAAAGCCCAAAGCUGCACCAAAAACAUAUCGGCAAUAUUACAUGGACCCUACAUUGUGUCCACAGCUACAGCGUGCGCUGCAACUCUUACCUCCUAGACCUUACACCGAUUCACUAGUCCAAAACUUCCUCAACCACGUCAACUUUCACUACUACAUUAUAUAUCCCCCGUCAUUCUUGGAAGAAUAUCGGACGUGGUGGUCUCUGCGCUCAGAAAACCGCCCGCUUGGCUUACAAUGGACCUGUCUACUGCUCAUGGUUUGUGCCUGCUCGACACAGUACACCAAUGCUGAACUCCAGCGGAAGCUUGAAAUUGAUCUUGGCGAGAGCACUCAAAAGCUCACUGAAAAGUAUCACAAUGCGGCCCGCGAGCUGCACGGCGCUAUUCCCGUGGGGAACAACCACAUACUAAACGUUCAAUCGCUUUUGCAUUCCUGUUAUUGGUACAAGUCAGAGGCUCGAUUUGUAGAGUGCUGGCAUGUUCUCAGCACCGCCAUCCGCGAGGCCCAAGAGCUUGGUAUUCACAAAGAAACCGUCACGGGGCACAUGUCGGAGUUUGACCGUGAAAUGCGAAGACGAAUCUGGUGUAUUUUAGACACGUGGGACUGGCAAAUAUCCGCCCUCUUAUCAAGGUCGAUGCUUAUAGACCGGACGGAUACUGAUGUCGGCCUUCCCAGCCUGACUCUAGAGGGCUACACGCCAUCACCUUUGCAGCACAUGAAGCUCCAGUCUGAACUGAUCACGCAGCUAUUUGCACGAUUCGGGGUGCCCAAGAAUGUUGUCCGCCCCAGCCAGGUUCAAGGGUAUCAAGCUAUCGUCGAGCGGUGGAUGAGCAACUUCCCUUCGACGUACUCUUUUGUCAACCCGGAUACCCGCAGUGAUAUGUCCCGACCCUGGAUAGUUCUGCACAGGCAUUAUCUUCACACCAUGGCUCUUUCCAUGAUGCUCGAUCCUAUGCGGGCAUACCUAGCCAAACCGAUUUCGACCCAAUCCCCGCCAGACGAGAUCAAGAUUCGAAAUGACGGCAUCGACUAUUCGCUGCGACUGAUGGAUGCAUUGCAUGGAUUCUUCGAUCACGUAUAUCCACGAGACGCCAAGUUCCACUUCGUCCUCUUUUGCGUCUUUGACACGGCCGCUGUCCUCUGCUCUGCGGUAAUGCACGACCAAGACUGGGGUAUUUCGAAACGAACCGCAGUGCUCACUGCCAUCGACAAGGCCGUGUCAAUGCUAAAGAGGCUGAACACGGUAACGAAAACCGCAAGAACGUCAUACGAAGUAUUGGUCAAGCUUGUCAACAACAUCAACCGCCCGGCGCAGCAAGUGAAAUCUCCAAUCCAGUCUGUGAGAAAGCGGCCCAAAGCCAACGAACUGGCACUGACACCGCCCAGUAUGAACCAGGCAGAAGCGGCAGUGGCCAGCGACCCUGGAUCCGUCGAUACGCAUCUUUCUUAUACGACGCCUCCGAGCGAUGCUCACUUCUACCAGGUUCCAGCUUCACACACUACUCCACCUAGCCAUUAUGUCAGUAGUGAUGGAGCGGCCGUAUACGGUCCUCCGGUUACCAUGGCGUCGGGAUCCAUGAUGGGCCAAUCAAAUCCUAUGCCAUAUGAUGCCGCACAGCUGGAUUAUUCAUCGUCAUAUGUCAACAUGACACCUCCAACUGAUGAAUUUUACCAAGGGCUUAACUUUGGUGGCAAUUUCGGAGCCAUUACAGAGCGUGAUCUCGGCGAUUUGGCGGCGCUAUGGAAUUAUGAGAGCUUGAACCUGAACUUCAUCAACACUGGGGGAGUGAGCUGA